GAUAUUUUUUGACAGCCUAAAGAAACACAAUUCUGGACUCCCAAACCCUGCAGCCUCUGCCUCACCACCGGCGACGGCUCAAGCGAAAACCCUCAAUCUUCCCAAGCGGCGACAGGAAGCCGGGAGCGAGCAAGUUCUCGGGCGACCUAAGAUUUCCGCUACUUCAUCUCUUCCCCGCGUGCCCGUCAGAGAUUCUCUUCCGUUGCGCUACCAUGGAAAUGGAAACAGACUGGUCAAAGCUGCCUAUGGACUUGCUCACGUCGAUCUUUGCUAAGCUCGCGCCUGUUGAGGUCCUCAUGGGUGCGGGCCUCGUUUGCCACUCAUGGCUCGAGGCUGCCAAGCUGCCUGAUCUCCUCUGGCGGUCCCUGGACAUGAAGCACCUGAACAGCAACAACAAUGCCGUGCUCAAGAACAAACAUUUCCUGCGCACAAUGGCGAAGAUAGCCAUGGACCGUGCCGAUGGACGGCUUGAGACGUUCGCGGCCGACCUGUUCGUCGACGACGAGCUCCUGGAGUACAUUGCGGAAAGGUCCCCGUCUCUCAAGAGCCUUACACUCGUUGACUGCAGCAUCACCAACACCACGCUGAUGGAGACCGUCGACAUCUGUCCUCGCCUGGAGCUUCUUCACGUGAGCGACUGCUACAAUAUCUCUGUCGAAUGUGCCCUGUUUGCCAAGUGCGGUAGGAUCAGGACGCUGACGAUCAUCCCCUUCUGUGACUACGAUAACUACUGCCAACUGUCGUGGUGACCCGAGUGUCUGCGCUGCGUGGCUACAUUUGGGAUUCAGGGCUGUUCGUUUGCGGCUUACUGUUAAUAGUCUGUCAUUAGUACAGUGUUUUAGUAUAUAGAUAUGGGAGAUGUCUAAAGCCAUGAGUUGCUGGGAAGCUGGGUGAAUAUGCAGGUUGGCGCCUGAAUUCUGUGUUGGUCCGGUGGUGCUCGAAUCUAGCGCACGUAAUUUGAUGAUGAGUUGGACGGGGGGUAAACACUAUGAUCAAUGACCAUUCGUCAAAUUAGGAGCUUGUUUUUUCUAAGACUUGACUGAGUGCAAAGUUUCUAUUGCUCAAGAGUUUGUAAUGGAGUAGCACCUGAGAUGGAAUUAUAUGUUUCCUCAGAAAUACAAGUAUGAGAAACAUCUAAAGACAAAGCACAUCUUGAUUUUUGCAUGACUUGACUGAAUGCAAGGUUUGUAUUCCUCAA